ACGAGCCUCGGCGAAUGUGCAGCUGGCGGAGGGCGCCGUAGCGAUAUGGAUUUCGUCUCGUCGCCGGGCAACAUUACGCAGGAGGACUUCCUCGCGAUCGUGGGAGCGAACGGGACGUACGGCGGUGUCGGGGGCGGCGCCGUUGGCCUCACCACCAUGUUUAACGAUUCACUAGCGGCGGCGGCGGCGGCCGCAGCCGCAGCGGCUGCAUCCGGUGGCACCAGCAACGGUGUCGGUCCGGGCGAAAACCUUACCAUCGUGCAGGGCGCGUACCCGAGCGGGUACACGCUACCGCACAUCAUCAUCGCAUCAAUUAUCGUGACAAUACUUAUGAUCAUCAUCGUCGUCGGCAACAUGCUCGUCAUCAUUGCGAUCGCGACCGAGAAAACGCUCAAGAACAUCCAGAACUGGUUCAUCGCGUCGCUGGCGGUCGCCGACUUCUUUCUCGGGCUCGUCAUUAUGCCGUUCUCGCUUGCGAACGAACUGAUGGGGUACUGGAUCUUUGGCAACUGGUGGUGCGAUGUGCAUUCCGCGAUGGAUGUACUGCUCUGCACCUCGUCCAUCAUGAACCUGUGCCUGAUCUCGCUCGAUCGCUACUGGAGCAUCACGAAAGCGAUCGAGUAUCUGAAGUCGCGAACGCCGGCCCGGGCAGCAUUCAUGAUUGCUGCCGUGUGGAUCAUGUCUGCGCUGGUUUGCAUACCACCGCUGCUCGGAUGGAAAGCGCAACGGCCGGAAGGUCACGUCGAGCUGCCACAGUGUCAGCUGAGCCAAGACAUCGGGUAUGUGCUGUAUUCGGCACUAGGAUCGUUUUACAUCCCGAGCUGCAUCAUGGUGUUCGUCUACAUCCGGAUCUAUUUUGCGGCGAAGGCCCGAGCGCGUCGUGGCAUUCGGAAGAAACCGCUGAAGCCACCGAGCGAACAGGAUACGAGCUUCACGCGUAAUGCCGGUACCGUGCCGAUGCCAUCGCUACCCAGUGCCUCUAGCAAUAACAAUCAGUCGUUGACGCAACAUCCGCUGCAACUGUCGACGGCCGGUGCGCAGCCGGCUGGCAACACCGGUACGACGCAGAUCGCCACGAUCGAGCCACCGCCGCGCGGUACCAGCUCGUCCACCGGUACGCCUAUGCCCAUCCCCGUCGUGACGUGUGACUUCGCCUCGGAUAUGUCAACGAGCGAGGCGGCCAUGGCGGAACAGGACAAUCACGGGCCACUGUCACCGGUCGGUACAGGUGGGCACGAACCGAAGGAUACGCUCAAGGUGACGCAACCGAUGCAGCAGGGCCGAAGCAGCAGUACGAACGGUAUCACAACCGCUCCCGGUAACGAACCGUCCCCAUCACCAUCCGCCACCUCCGCCCGCAACCGUGCACUGUCGGUCGGCAUCGAUACGGACAUGGUGAGCGAGUUCGAUCCGUCCAGUUCGGAUUCGGGCGUCAUUAGCCGCUGUGCGGUAGUGAAACCGCUCAAAUUUCGCCUCUGCCAGCCCAUCUUCGGCAAAAGCAAGGCGAAGGCACGGCAAGCGAAUGCGAAAGCAGCCACCGGACACGGUAGUUCGAUGGUUGGCGGCCGUGGAGGCAACUGUACGCAACCGAUGCUCGGCGGUGGUGGUUCGAGCGGCGGUGGCCAGCAGGCCAUAUCGCAGCUCAUUGCGGCCAAACAGACGGACAGUGCGUGCAGCGAGCUGGAACCAGCGCUACCACCGAAACCGAAGCAACGCGAUCCGGAGAAGGAAAAGCGACGAAUCGCACGGAAAAAGGAAAAGCGGGCGACGCUCAUUCUCGGACUGAUUAUGGGCAGCUUUAUUGCGUGCUGGUUGCCGUUCUUCUUCCUCUACAUCCUCGUGCCGAUAUGUCCCGACUGCCACAUCCCGGAGAGUGCGUUUUCGCUCGCGUUCUGGCUCGGCUACAUGAACUCGGCGCUCAAUCCGGCGAUCUACACGAUCUUCAACAAGGACUUUCGGCGCGCGUUCCGGCGCAUCCUGUUCAAGUGAUGUUUAGCGUACGUGUGCUGCUAUCGCUGCGUCUCCCGUAGCAUCGAGAAGGCUACGGAGCGGGCCAUUGGCGGCGCACAGCUCGGCGGCGGCUACCGGGGCGGCUACCUGCGAUGAUAAUACGCGCCGCUAGGUGGCGCGCCCACAACCCCGGCUCGGCUGUUCCCUUACCGGCGCUGGUUCGCCCUUACGCUUCUCCCACACCUUCCACCGCCCGGCAUCACCAUCCUACUCAUCGUCACCGUUGCCGCCGUC